AAAGUAGUUAGCAAGCGGACAAAUUCGGCAUUCGUUGCUAGCCAGUCGAACUGUUUUGUUAUGGUCAAGUGAAGUGAAUAAAAAUCGAAGAAAAUGGAAAAAGGCCGAAAGUAGUGGCAGGACAUUUGCGACCGGAUGCAAGCGUGCGUGACAAUUAAAAAUUAAAGCCGAGUGAAUAAGCCGGAGGCAGUUAGUUAGAUAAUUGCAGUUGGAGCCGGGAGGCAGUCCAGUAUGUUCUUUCGGCGCGUUUUGGAACGAAAGGAUAGCGCCAGUAAUGCGCCGCUCCCUAUGACGACCACGGAUAGUCCGCAAUUGCACUACAACAGCGAGGAUAGCGAGAGUGUCACUUACGUGAAUGGUGCCGUCGACAGUGAAGUCAAGGACAGCAAUAACAACCAGUCGGUGGUCGGUGUGGGUGGUGCACCGCCCGCUGCUAUGAAAAUUCUGCGCCGGGAGGCCCCAAUCGGUGCAGUGCAGCUGACGCCGUUGUGGGAGCACAUUCUCCGCACUCGUCGCCUUCCGGAAUCCAUUUUCCCUAGCGCCAUGUUCGCCGAGUUCCAUGAGCGCCUGCAGGAUCCGGAGUGGCAGGUUCGGCAGCACGCCCUUCGAGUCCUGGUCGAUGUCCUUGUGGUGAUGCAAGACGAGGCCGAUGGCCACAUGGAGCGGGAGCAGCUCAUUGGUUUGCUGGUGGAGAACCUAGGCCAUCAGGCGCCAACUGUUCGUAAAGGGGCCCUCGAUUGCCUGCGGGUCUAUCUAGCAGAAACAGCUAUUCCGGAGACUGUCAUGUUGGGAAUCCUUGACGCCGGCCUGACGAAGCAAGCUCCUGCGGAAGUGGAGCACAUGGGUCGUCUUAGCUGCGGGGUUCUCCUAUCCCUGCCGGCCCUGCUACAAUCUACUAUGCACACUCCCCAGAGACACCGCAUCGCACUGAGCACUCUGGAGCGAGUGGCUCAGCACAUGGAUCAACUGCCCCAACAGGAAAUCACUUUGAAGGUCUUAACCAAGAUCAGAGAGCUCUUGGGGGUGCACGAGUUCGAAGGCAUUCUUAGUAAUGUUGGUCGCGGCGACGCACUGACCAAUUAUUAUCAACUUUGUCAGGUUUACGGCGUUUCUGGAAAGCCGAAAAGAGGCGGCGAGGUAAAAGCGGGAGCAUGGCGUGCAUUACCGCGCGAACAAGGUUGGAGAAACAGCACCGCCCUGCAGGGCCUGGACACUUCGCUCCACAUGCAGCCAAACUGUCCGGACAAGGGAAAGGUAAUCAUGGAAACGGAGAUCAAGAUCAACGAUGACACAGUGACCAUGCGCAUUCUGGAGGCGGAUACCGAGACCGAAGAAUCCGACAGCCCAGCCAGAAAUUGCUCAAAGGACGAGGAGUCGACGGACCUGGUUUGUCAUCCCCUUUUGUCCAGCGCCAACAGCCACCAAGCGCUCGUUGGAGCCGGUAUUGUCCAGGUUAUAAGCGAUUCAGAAUUGGACGAGCCGCACGCUAUAAAGCCCGUCAGUGUUUCCGAGCCAAGUACUCCCUCUCGGGGGCUAAAGCGAGUCACCUUCGGGGGGGAGAUCGUUAAGAUGCGAACUCCCGAUAGCGACGCAGCCUCCUCGACGAACAAUUCCCGAAGCCCUGGUCAGGCCAAUCAGAGUGUAACUAUUCUGUCGUUGGGCGAAACACCGAGCCCUCCAUUGGAGGAGCUGCAACCUCCAAGACCCGCUGGUGACAAAAGAACUACGGCCCUAGUGGUGGAGAUUCCUUCGGACAAUACCAAGCCCUUGCCUCCAGCACGACCCUUCAGCUCACAGUCGCCACGGCAUCAGAGCCACACGCCCAGCGAUCCUUCCCCGAGCAGUCCCCGCAAACGGCAGGAGGCCGACGGAAGGUUGUCGCCAUCACCCCGAUCUCCAGGAUUCCGCAGCCGCAGCACCAGUCCAACUGGAAGCAACAACAUUAGCCCCAAAGUGCCGCACAAGCAAAUCGAGGUUCUACACAAUUUGCAGCGCGAUCCGUCUCCACGGUCUCAGCGACGUUUGGAGGACUUCGGCGGGGAUGGGGAUGGGGAUAGGGAAGCCCACCCUGUGGCAGGAAAUCCCUCUGACUCACCGACUCAGCCGCGGAGAACUAGAACCGCCUCUAUUAUAUCUGCAGAGUCACCAGCCACCCCAAAGUCGUGGGAGGAUCUGGACAUUGUCAACUUUAAGACGCUGAUGGAUCUGCGAUCUGGGGAUUGGCGCAAUCGCCUAAUGGGCAUCGCCCAACUGGAGCUCGCCCUGAGCUCGUCGAGCAACUUGGCCAUCACACUACCGUAUCUGGAUAGUCUGCUCCGAACCCUCCUCUCGUCCGAACGCCACUUCGAGGUGUCCGAGUUGAAGCGGGAGUUGCUAGUUAACCUGAUCUCACGACUGCCCCUGGACAACUUGGAGGAGCGCACACCGCAGAUAUUGACGGGACUGUGUCGCCAGGGCAAUGCUGGAGCGAACAGAGUCUGCAAGGCCCUGAUGCAGCGCCUCCCCGCUGGCACCAUUGUAGCAAAGCUGACAUCGCCAGAAUUCCUGCACGCAAAGAGUUCAAAGUUCCGGGACCAUGCGCUUCAGGUGUCCAUCUUCGCCCUGAUGACCUUUCCGGGCACUUGCUUCGACAUCAGCCUCCUGACGGCUCAGACCGUAUACUCUUUGCUCAAUCGCAAGCGACGCGUGCGACAGGCGGCCCUGGAGGUGCUGGCAGUCCUUGCCGAUAUCUCAUCCAUAAACGAGGUCCUAGCUAUUGUCUCGGAGACGACCGCCGGCGUGGAGCUCGGACCCCAAGUGUUGGAGGCGGCCAGUGUGCGCCUCUCGCGCCUGCAGCUGCCCAUUGUCACGCCCGACAGUGGCGUGCUCUUUGUUUUUAACCAGACUGAUCAACCUGGAUCCAGGCGUUCUGGAGCAGAUGUGGAUUGGAUCUAUCAGGGGGAGGGCUCCGCCUCGCCAAAUACCAUCAAAAGGCGACGCAUGCGGGCUGCAACCAGUCAGCGCGACGUAUUGGAGAGCACGGAGGCAAAAAACAAGAAGGAUGGGUUCCACAGUUUCAGUCAGGUUAACGAGGGCCUGCACCGCCAUUCCUUCCACUCUCCCCCAGAAACUUUGGACAUGACUAGCCCCACAAAUGACUUUUCGCAAAGAUUAAGUUUUGGCGCUAAGACUAAUAAUGGAACUCAUUCCUUUAUGGACCGUCGCUUGGUGGCCAAGGCGUGCUCUGACACUUCCAUGGAUGGGCGAAGUACUGACAGCACGACCACCACCUGCAGCAGUGGAAGCGCCACAAGCAGCUUCAUACAGCUCACCUCCCGCACCGGUGGUCAGUUCUCCGGAGCCAACUCAAGAUUUCCCGCCAUGAACCAGCAUACAGACUUCGUGAACAAUUUUAUGCGGAGCAUGCAGCGCAGCACCAAAUCCUACUCCGUGGAGGGACCGUCAUACCCCAAGGUCAGUUACUCGAUCCCGAAGUCCCAGCAGAUGCCUCGCGGAAAACUCCAGCAGCAGCACUCUUUCACAAAGGUGCGAUGCAAUGCAGCUCCGUGUCAAGGCUUUGAAAAUGGCAGAUUGAACGAGUCCCCGGGGAGACACCAGAGCGGCAUUUCCGCAGACCACCUGGACUCCGAGUGCGCCGACGCCGCAAAAUCAGUGGAAACACCGAGGGCAGUUCAGCCCUUGGAAACGGCGGUCAAAGACAUGACAGACGGCUCUCCCCUCUCCGUAAGGUCCACCAGCUAUUCGCAAAAGUCGACAGCCUCGGCGAAGUCGAGUGGCAGCCAAAGCGAGAUGGGCAAGCGGUCAUCCUCAUCUACUGGGGACGGGAACGAGUCCAAGAUGGAAUUUCUGAACCGUCAGCAGGAUCCUGUCGAAGCCUUCGGGGAGUUGGUGGUGGACGACAUUGAGGACCAGACGGAACCUCCUGCCCAUGAGGAGUCGCUUAAGCUGACCGGAAGCGUAAACAGCCUUCACAGCAAAACGGAGAGCAUUAAAACUCAGUUGGAGGACACUACACCGCAACUCUCGCGAGCUCAGUCAGUGAAAUCAUUGCCCAUUGAGGAGGACAUUGAGGGCAGCAACAGUUUCGUGGUAGUCGAAGAAGUACAGCACGAGCUAGAGUCAUCGCCCCCGGAGACAACGCCUGUAAAGGAAUUGCAGGAGCAGCUAGUAGCACCAGCAGAUGUUACAAAGCUGGAUGUUGCAAACCAUACCUUUGGCCCAAAGUUGGUUCCAAUGCACGAAGAAAGAGUGAUCCAUUCACGCAGCAUUUCCUUGGACUCGAUUUAUGGAGCACGACCCGGCUCUAAGCAGGGAUCUCUGGACACCAGCACAAGCACCACUGACAACACCUCGCAGUCUGGUUCUCAUUUGGGAAACAUAAGUAUUCCCGGGAAGGUACAACACACCCCGCUCAAGCAGAAGGCGAAGACUUCGUACUUCCUGCGUGCUCAGCGACGGGUCUCGCCCGUAAAGCAGGCUAUCAAGAUGUCCCAGGCGGAGCUCUUCCCGCAGAAUAUGGCGCGCUUUGAUAAGCCCCGCGAGGCUUUGCUAAAGACGUUUGACCAGCUGGACUCCAGCAACUGGGAGAUGAACAUGACCGGCUUGAAAAGCAUGGUGCGUCUGAUCCGCUACCAUACCGACACUCUGGACAAUCAGAUGCACAUGACCUGCAUCCAGCUCACCCGCUCAGUCCGGAAUCUGCGCUCCCAAGUGGCUCGAGCUUCCUGCCAAGCAGCUGCAGAGUUGUUCUCCCUGAAGUCCACCAGUCUGCAGCUUGAGUGCGAUGAUUUGGUGUGUGCUCUUCUGCACCGCACCGCCGACACGAACCGUUUUAUCCGCGCCGACGCCACUCGUGCCCUAGAGUCGAUGGUGGAUCACUUACAGCCGCAGAAGGUACUGAACAUCCUGGCGGCGAAGGGAGCACAACACCAGAACGCCCUGGUGCGCACCACAUCAGCAAAGCUGCUCUUCAGACUUGUAGAGCGACUGGGCAGCGACCGCAUCUACGCCAUGGGCCGCGAGAGCCGCGACAAGUUCUUUGUGGUGGGGGCCAAUCUGCUGCUAGAGGGCAGUUUAGAGACCCGCAGCUACGCCAAGUCCUUGUUCCGGGCCCUCUCCGAGCACCACAAUUACCAGCGACUGCUCCUGGAGGUGAUACCGCCGCGCACCUACAGGAACGUGGAGAAGACCCUGAGGAGCAUCACGCGUUGAUUUCCGUAGGUGUCGAUGUCGAUCUGUA